GUUUAGCCUUAGGACAUACGUUUCAACCAUUUCUUUCUUCUGUAAAAGAGAGAGGAGAGAAGAGAGAAAAGAAAAGCCCUUGCAUUUCUCAUGAACUGUGGAGUCGUGUUGGGUUUCUAUUGCUGGGGUUGGGAGUUCUUAACUGCCCUUCUUCUCUUCUCUACCUCCCCUUAAUUCUCUCUCUUUCUGUUUCUUUUCUUUUCUUUUAGUUUCUUUCUGUUUCUUUUCUUUUAUUUUCUUGCAAAGUUUUCUUAUGGAGUCUACAGCUAUAGAUAACAAUAACAAUAAUAAGGGUUUCUUGGAAUAUGUACGGAAGUCAACUCCGCCACCAUUCUUGCUCAAAACCUACAUGCUGGUGGAGGAUCCGGCGACUGAUCACGUGAUUUCUUGGAACGGCGACGGAACAGGGUUCGUGGUAUGGCAACCGGCGGAGUUUGCCCGUGAUCUUCUACCAACUCUGUUCAAGCACAGCAACUUCUCCAGCUUUGUCCGGCAACUGAAUACCUAUGGUUUCCGUAAAGUUGCAACUAGCCGAUGGGAGUUCUGCAAUGAUAUGUUUCGAAAGGCUGAAAGAGAGCUUCUUUGCCAAAUCCGUCGACGAAAAGCAUGGUCUAAUAAGCAACAACCUACCGCACCAAUUCAAGCUACACCACAAGAUUUUGACGAAGAUCAAAGAUCAUCAUCAACUUCGUCGUCGUCUGAAUACAGUACCCUAAUCGAUGAAAAUCAACGUCUCAAGAAAGAAAACGGGGUCUUGAGCUCGGAACUCACUGGCAUGAAAAAGAAGUGCAAGGAGCUUCUUGAUUUAGUGGCUAAAUAUGCACACUUGGAGAAAGAAGAAGAUGAUGAUCGUGAUGAGAGGCCAAAGUUGUUUGGUGUGAGAUUAGAAGUUGGGGAAGAGUGGGAGAGCAAGAGAAAGAGAGCUAAGAUUAGAGAGUGUGCAACUAUUUUACUAUCUCAAUCAUGCAAAUAAAUUGUGUCAAUUAUAAUGUAGAAUUAAUUAAUUAAUAAGCAAGGAAGCAAUAUAGCUAGCUAUAGCUACUUGGAAUGUAAGUAGCUUGCUAGAUAGCAAGGAUUAGGCAUAGACUGAAGUUAAUUAUGCUUUAAUGGUUGCAGUAAUGUGAACAGAGUAUAUAUAUAAAUAUAUACCUAUAUAUGCACAUUGUGGUGUACUUCCAAAGGAUGAUAAUAUGGGGCACAAGCCCUUUGAAUUACAAGUCUAUGUCAUAUAUUUUGUGGUUUAAA